AGCCAUUUUGACUCAAGUCUUUUUUUUGUCCACGCCUCUUGGGCUGCGGCCAGCCUCCGAGCCAUCGGCUCCGAGGCGAGACGGAGCGCGCGGGCCCAGCUGCGGGGCCGAGCGAGCCGCGGCAGAUGGUGUGCCCCAUGCGCCCCUGGUUCAGCAACAGCAUCGAGGUCAUCCAGUUCGACCCCGAGUGCAGGACCCCUGGCCAGGCCAGCGUCGCGGCGAUGGUGAUCGCGGGCCCGCGGGCCGCGCGGCGGAAGCCGUCCCCGGCUCCCGCGAAGGCCGAUGGCGGCGGCGCUUCGGAGGCGCUCCUGCUGCAUGCGAGUGCCUCUCGCAGGGGCUCUCGGCCCGGCUUCUCGAGGUCGCCGCCCUCUCCGUGGACGGGUUGGUCGGCUUGCGGCCUGUUCACCGAGCCGGUCGACAGCGACGCAGGGGAGGCCGCCGAGGAGGGCGUGUUCGCAGAGGCGGCUCAGAGGCGGCGCAUCCGCCGCAGCGUCACUGCCAAUCUCGGGCCGGGCCUUCCCCCGCACAUCUUGCCGGUGGGGAUGGCGUCGAGGAUCUUUUCACGGCGUCGAUGGUCAGGCCCGUCGGGGAUGUCCCUCGGUGCAGGCGGCAGCGCGGACUGCUCUGCCGCGGAGUGCGUCCAGCGGGACAGGUCAGGCUCGCCCGAGGGCGCUCGCGAGGUGGUCUGAGGCGCUGGAGCGCGCCGCGUAGGUCGGGGGCUGCCGCAAAGUCCGCUCAGUUUUUUUGUUUCAUAAGUUCGUACACGUACCAUCGCUGCAGCAGCAGGGACGCGACGUGCCGAUCCACUGAUUGGACGCCACAGACUGGGAGCCAGCGGAUGUCCCGAUUCGCCGGCAGAGUCUCUGUAUCAGGAGUAGCAGUUGAAGCAUGCCAGUGUUGUGCCGCCAUCGUCGGUACAUGCUUUUGGCUGCUGUGCCAUGGCCUUCGCGGUCGCAGCGUGUGCGGUUUCGAGGUCGAACAUGGCCGGCGGCCACGUCGGCAAUGCUGCAUCCAGCCGAAUGCCGGAGGCGUCGGGGCAAGUUUUGAGCUCUCAUGCUCAACCUGUACAGACCGCCACAAUUUGUAAGAUAUCACUCCCGAGAAAAAGCCCCAACCAGUGUAUGGCUUGAUAAUUUGGCGGGCACCUUGCCUGGCGGCGGUUUCGCUAGAAAGCCCGAAGAGGCCAAAAGCACUAAUUCCCCUUCCGUUCAAAAGGAUUGUGGCGUUUUCGCCUUAUUGGGUAUCCGU